UGCAAAGAGAGAGAAGGGGAAAAAAAAAAUAAAAAUUCUCAUCUCUCUCUCUCUCUCUCUCUCUCUUCCCCUUCGGAUUGUUUUAUUUUGUGGAGCUAACGGAUUAGAGUAAUUAUAUUCGAUUCUAUAUGGCUUGUGCUUCGCAAGCUCUGAUGAACAACACGAUGAUAUCAGCCAACAGCUCCGUCUUCAACCCGUCGCCGGCUAGGUUCGUCUACCGGUCUCAGAGGAAGCACUUCCCUAAGCUCCUCACCGUCAGAGCUUCCUCCGACGAUUCCGACGACUGCAACGAAGAAGAAUGCGCUCCCAACAAGGAGGUGGGGAAGGUGAGCAUGGAAUGGUUAGCAGGUGAUAAGACCAAAGUCGCUGGUACAUUUCCACCGCGCCGCAAAGGGUGGACUGGCUACGUCGAGAAGGACACUGCAGGCCAGACCAACAUCUAUUCUGUCGAGCCAACAGUAUACGUAGCCGAGAGUGCAAUAAGCUCAGGAAAUUCUGGCUCUUCAUCAGAUGGUGCUGAGAACACAGCAGCAGUAGCCGCGGGCCUUGCCCUGAUCUCGAUAGCAGCUGCCUCAUCAGUUCUUUUGCAGGUGAGCAAGAACGAACCUCAAGUUCAGAUGCUUGAGUACUCCGGGCCAGCCCUCAGUUACUACAUCGACAAGUUCAAGCCUCCUGAGAUCAUUCAGGCUUCAGCCCCGAGCCCACCCGAACCUAUAGCAUCUGUUGCAGAGCCUGAGAGCUCCACGCCCGAAGUUCCACAGGUCCAGGCUGCAUCUGAUACUCAACCCGAGGCUUCCACCUGAAGAGUUUUGACGGCAUUUUCAUGAUGAGGCAGGCAAUUCAUGUUGCUCUUGGGAAUUCUCUUUUCUGUACUAUUGUUUGUGAAUGCGUGCAUCACACGAAAGGCCAAUAUUUUAACGGUCACUAAAUUCUAAACUAAUAUAAUUAUAUUUGUCGAUGGUAUUAGAAAACGUGGCUUUAGUGAUACUAUCAUAGAUCUCUAUGUAAUUGGCUAUAUGGAAAGAAUGACAACUGGUUGGGUUAAAUUUUA